AUGGCUUUAUGGAUCUGGACACUAAGCAUUUUGAGCUGGUUUUACAUCACCUUAUCCAGAAGUGAGGAAAUGAAAUGUUUUCAGAGUGCAAAAGAGUUAAAUCAUCUAACAGUGGAUAAUGACACUGGGAUAAUAUAUUUGGGAGUGGUAAAUGCUCUAUAUCAGCUUACAGAAAACCUGGAUGUAAUGAAGUAUGUAGAAACAGGUCCAAGUUUGGACAACAAAAAGUGCACACCUCCCAUUGAUGAAAAUCAAUGUAAAGAGGCAGUACUGACUGACAAUUAUAACAAAUUAUUGUUGCUGAACAAGGCGGAUAAAACAAUUGUGGUGUGUGGAAGUCUUUUUAAGGGAAUCUGUGCCAUCAGAGAUCUGGAAGACAUUGGAAAUGUGAAGUAUUAUGUGGACAGUAGCGGAGAAAAGUCCUUUGUAGCAAGCAACGAUGAGAAUGUAUCAACUGUGGGAUUGAUCACUUCCUUGGAGAAUGACCAAGUGAUGUUUGUCGGGAAAGGGAAUGGACCAAAUGAUAAUGGGAUAAUAAUCAGCACUCGACAGCUCUACAGUAGGGAUGGAAAAGACAUUUUUGAAAUGUAUACAGACUCGGCAGCUGUUAAGUCAGCUUAUCACUCAUCAAGCACGCAACAGUUUGUGGCAGUCUUUGAGUAUAAAAAUUAUGUUUAUUUUAUUUUUAAUCAGCAAGAGAAACAGCCCAUCAAUAACCGCACAUUGAUUGCACGACUCUGCAAAGCUGAUGCCCAUUAUUAUUCCUACUUUGAAAUGGACUUGGGUUGCAAAGAUGAUGACGGUGCCUACGACCACUGCCACUCUGCUUACGUCACUACCCCAGGAGAAGAGCUGGCCGAGAGCAUGGCUCAGCAGCAACAAACGAUGGAUGCUAUCUCUGAUGACAGAGUUCUUCUUGCACUCUUCAGCAAAGUAAACAAAGAUAAUGGCUCUCUAAAAUCUGCCAUGUGUGUCUUUUCCUUGCGGCAAAUCAACGAAAAGAUGGAAAAAAACCGAAAUGAUUGCUACACCAAAAAGAAUACCAGCUCAUUUUACAAACUUUUUUCAGCUGAAAACCCGUGUGCAUCACAUGGACUGAAUGCAAGCAAAAAUUUCCCCUGUGGCUCCGAACACUUGCCAUACCUUUUGGGAAGUAAGAAUGGUGUUAUAGAGAAGCCAGUACUGCAAAAAGAAGGGAUGAAUCUCACAGCUGUCACUGUGGCUGUGGAGAACGGACACACCGUGGCCUUUCUUGGAACAUCGGAUGGUAAAAUUCUUAAGGUGUUCCUGUCAUCCACUGCAACUGAGUACAGCUCUCUUACUAUUGAACUAAACAAACCUAUCAAGAAUGACCUGGUCCUUGACCAAACCAAAGAAAAUUUGUACGUGAUGACCACAGACAAGGUGCAUCGGCUGCCUGUGCAGGACUGCCACAAGUAUGGAGACUGUGAGAAGUGCACCCAGGCGAGGGACCCGUACUGCGGCUGGUGUGUGAGAGAGGGCAGGUGCACAAAGAAGGCAGACUGUGGAACAGCUGAUAAGGAGAACCACUGGCUGUGGAGUCCAAAUGGCACAUGUAUGACUGUAAUUAGUGCAGACCCUCUAAAUAUGAGUCGCAGAGCCCCUGCUAAGGUGGAACUGACUGUAAGUCCAUUACCAACUUUGACUGAGAGUGACAAAGUUUUGUGCACAUUUGGUGAAACAACCCAUUACGCUCAAUUAAAAGAAGGAGUUAUUGUCUGUGAUCCACCUGACAUAAUUCCUCCAACACCAAAAGGUCAAGAUCAUGUUUCGGUUCCACUUCAGUUAACCUUUGAAAAGAACAAGGUAUUUUUUGCAUCACAUACUUACCCCUUUUAUGACUGUGAAGAAGCAAUGAAUCUUUUAGAAAACCAGCCAUGCUAUUCCUGUGCAAGCAAUAGAUGGAAUUGCCAGUGGGACUGGAAAGGACAUAUCUGUGAAGAGUCCUCUUCAGUACAGGAAGUGAUUAAACAAAAUAUGGAAGAAGAAUGCCCGCAGUUUCUAAACCCUAACCCUCCAAUCAUACCUAUGGAGUACCGAACAAGGGUAUAUUUUGAGGGAAGACAUCUAGCUUAUUAUCAGGAUAAAAAAUUUGUGGUUGCAAACAGCCAAUUCGAAUUUGAAGCUCCUGUUGAUGAAUCAGAUGAAGGAAAAUUUUCAUUCCUGAGUAAAGAGUUCUCCUAUAGUGCAAAUGAGACCUUACAACUUAACUUAUCUGUGAGAACAGAUAAGGUCAAGAUUGACAGCAAACUAAUGGUGACUCUGUACAACUGCUCUUAUGGACGAAGCGACUGCAGCUUAUGCCUCGCAGCCCAUCAGGACUAUAAGUGUGUCUGGUGUGAAGAAGAGGGCAAGCCCAGCAAGUGCGUUUAUGAAAAACUCUGUCGCGCUCCUCCCACCAACACGUGUCCUCAUCCAGAAAUCACUCGCAUUGAGCCAAAAACUGGACCACUAAGUGGUGGAAUUCUUUUGACCAUAAUGGGAUCUAAUUUGGGAAUAAAAUCAGAAGAUGUAAAAAAUAUAAUGGUGGCAGACCAGGAGUGUCUUUUCAAAGAGGAAUUCUACUCUGUUUCCACAAGGAUUGUAUGUCAAGUUGGACCAAUGAAUGAACCAAAACAAGGUCAAAUUGAAGUUAACAUCAAUGGAAAAUUAGGUAAAUCACCAAGUGAAGUGUUGUUUACAUACCAGAAACCUCAUCCUUCUCAAAUCAGCCCUAAAAGUGGUCCACAGGCAGGUGGAACCACACUUACCAUCACUGGUACAAACCUGGCCACUGGUUCCAAGAAGGACGUUCGAGUUUCAGUCGGUAGCCAGCCUUGCAAUGUCACUGAAUUUGGAGAUGAGAUUGUUUGCAUUACAGGAUCUAACAGCAAGGUAGAACUUGUUCAAGUCACAAUGGACUAUGGGGGCACAGCAAUUACUGUACCACAGCAAUUUUCAUACAGUGAGAAUCCUACUGUCACCAAGUUCCUGCCAGUAAAUAGCUUCAGCAGCGGAGGGAGGAAUAUCACAGUAACUGGAACUGGUUUUCAGAUCAUCCAGAGUUUCUCCUUGGUGGUGUAUGCAGAGCAUCCAGAAGGAGGGAAAACAAAUCUCAAAAUGUUUGAAGGAGAGCUUGUUAGAAGACUCAAUGAAACCACAGUGGUUUUUUCUUCCCCACCAAUACUGGAAGACCCAGAAAACUAUAACAUUACCACUAUUAUUCUAAUGGAUCAUUAUAGUUUGGUUGUGAAAAAUGAGAGCCACUCUUUUGCCUAUGUUGCAGACCCAACAUUUGAAAACUUCACAGAUGGCAUCAAAAAACAAGUCAAUAAACUUAUUAAUGCGAAGGGCAGGCACCUGAACAAAGCCAUGACAAUAGACGAGGCCCAGGCUUUUGUGGGUGAUGAGCCUUGCAUCAUAAAAACACUAACUGAAACGGACUUAUAUUGUGAGCCACCAGAAGUACAGCCUCAACCAAAGAAACGACAGAAGAGAGAUACCAUCAAUAACCUUCCUGAAUUCAUUGUGAAAUUUGGACUCCGGGAAUGGAUCCUUGGAAGGGUGGAAUAUGAUACACGUGUGAGUGACAUCCCACUGAAUCUUAUAUUGCCACUUGUACUUAUUCCUAUGAUAGGAAUCAUCAUCAUUUCUAUCAUCUGUUACAGACGCAAGAGCCAACAAGCAGAACGAGAGUAUGAAAAAAUUAAAUCACAACUUGAAGGCCUGGAGGAGAGUGUCAGAGACCGGUGCAAGAAGGAAUUCACAGAUCUAAUGAUAGAGAUGGAGGAUCAGACAAAUGAUAUCAAUGAAGCGGGAAUUCCAGUACUGGACUACAAAACCUACACAGACAGAGUCUUCUUCUUGCCAUCCAAAGACGGAGAGAAAGAUGUGAUGAUUACAGGGAAGCUGGAUAUUCCUGAGGCCAGGCGGCAGACUGUGGAGCAGGCUUUGAACCAGUUCUCCAACCUCCUCAAUAGCAAAUCAUUUCUCAUCAAUUUUAUUCACACACUGGAAAACCAAAGGGAGUUCUCUGCUCGAGCUAAAGUCUAUUUUGCAUCUUUACUGACAGUUGCUUUACAUGGAAAACUAGAAUACUAUACAGACAUCAUGAGGACACUGUUCUUAGAACUCAUGGAGCAGUAUGUUGUGGCCAAAAAUCCAAAGCUGAUGCUAAGAAGAUCUGAAACAGUUGUUGAGAGAAUGUUGUCUAACUGGAUGUCUAUUUGUUUAUAUCAGUACCUCAAGGACAAUGCUGGGGAGCCUCUUUAUAAAUUGUUUAAAGCUAUCAAACACCAGGUAGAAAAAGGCCCAGUGGAUGCUGUACUAAAGAAGGCCAAGUAUACACUGAAUGACACAGGCUUACUGGGAGAUGAUGUAGAGUAUACACAGUUGACAGUAAAUGUGUAUGUACAAGAUGGAGGAGCUGAUUCCAUACCUGUGAAAGUGUUGAACUGUGAUACUAUAUCACAAGUAAAGGAAAAGAUAAUAGACCAAGUCUAUCGAAAUCUGCCAUGUUCUCAGUGGCCAAAAGCUGAGAGUGUAGUUCUUGAGUGGCGUCCAGGUUCUACUGCACAGAUCCUCUCAGACUUGGAUUUAACAUCCCAAAGAGAUGGCAGAUGGAAACGUAUCAACACACUAAUGCAUUAUAAUGUACGAGAUGGUGCCACACUCAUCUUAUCAAAAAUGGGAGUUUCCCAGCAGCCAGAGGAUAAUCAACAAGACGUCCCAGGGGAAAGACAUGCACUCCUGGAAGAUGAAAAUAAGGUCUGGCAUCUAGUCCGGCCAGUAGAUGAAAUAGAUGAAGGUAAAUCGAAGCGGGGCAGUGUGAAAGAAAAAGAGAGGACCAAAGCUAUUACAGAAAUCUACCUGACCAGACUUCUCUCUGUGAAGGGGACACUUCAGCAGUUUGUAGAUAACUUCUUUCAUAGUGUACUCAACUCAAACCACGUGGUUCCGCCAGCUGUGAAAUACUUCUUUGACUUCCUUGAUGAGCAAGCAGAAAAACAUGACAUCAAGGAUGAAGAUACCAUUCACAUCUGGAAAACAAACAGCCUGCCUCUUAGAUUCUGGGUAAACAUAUUGAAAAAUCCCCAUUUCAUCUUUGAUGUUCAUGUUCACGAAGUAGUCGAUGCUUCCUUGUCAGUCAUUGCACAGACUUUCAUGGAUGCUUGCACAAGAACAGAGCACAAAUUAAGCAGAGAUUCCCCAAGUAAUAAAUUACUGUACGCAAAAGAAAUCUCCAACUAUAAGAAAAUGGUGGAAGAUUACUACAAAGGCAUUCGUCAGAUGGUGCCAGUUAGUGACCAAGACAUGAAUACCCAUCUAGCAGAGAUUUCUAGGGCACAUACCGAUUCCUUAAACACACUUGUGGCUCUGCACCAACUCUACCAGUACACUAACAAAUACUAUGAUGAGAUUAUAAAUGCACUUGAAGAGGAUCCAGCUGCACAAAAAAUGCAGCUUGCCUUCCGUUUACAGCAAAUAGCAGCUGCAUUAGAGAAUAAAGUGACUGACCUUUGACUCAAAAGCCGCAAUAAAGAAAUCUGAUCUGAAGAUGUUCAAAUUCAUUCUUCCUGUUAAGGAAAUAGUGUUCUAUUUUUUAAUGUGUAAUUACAACUUUAAAUGAAAGAUUUCAUGGUUUUUUGAUAGCAGAGGUGUAAUGUAAAAAAUUUUUACUGUAAAUUAUGCUUCUAAUUAAAAGCUGUGUUGU